AUGUUCCCAAAGGAGUUAAUGAGGCCCCUUCGCAUGAGUUCGGAGGGGAUGCCCACCGCACAGUCGAAGAAGUCACGCAACUUGCGGUCGCCUUCCGGGAUGACGCCGCUCACGUCUCUCUCGCAGAAUCAGUUUUCCCUGAAGCAAGGUUUUCUCCCCUCACCGCGCAGCCUUCCAUCCUCUGCGGGGGCUUCACGGCCAAGUUGCAGUGUCUCUGGCACUUUCCAACCCUUUUCCGGUUCUCCUGGUGCACAGGACGAGAAGGUGCGCGUGGCGGUGCGUUGUCGCCCGCCGAACCCGACACAGGGAGAGCAAAGCGACGACGUGAUUGUGUCCAUGGAUCCGCGGACGGGUCAGGUUUUCCUGCUCGACCAGGAGUCCUCACCGUCGCGCGUCGACAUCCCUCUCUGGUCUGGCGCAGGGUUGGCACGUGAUGGGUCGCCGCCGGUGUCGCAGGUCAACGUCUACGAGACUCUCGGCCGCCCGUUGCUCUUACACGCACUGGAGGGCUACAACAGCACCCUCAUGGCCUACGGACAGACCGGCAGUGGCAAGACGUACACGAUGAUGGGCGACUACCGCGACAGCGACGAGGGGGAAGGCGCCGGCAUCAUUCCGCGCUUGUGCCGCGAGUUGUUCAUGGAGCUGGCGAGUCGCUCCUUCACCGCCCCUACCGGCGAACAUCUUAGCUGGGAGGUGCACGUGCGCUACGUCGAGAUCUACUGCGAGAAGAUCAGCGACCUACUCAACUCCGGCGCCUCCGUCGGCGUACGCGAGGAGAUCACUCCCAACAGCGCUACGUUUGCCCUCGUCGGGGCCCGGCGCAUCCCGGCGGCCAGCACGGAGGAUCUCCUGCAGGCGCUGGCGGUGGGCAACCGCUGGCGUCGUACGGCGGCGACCAAGUCGAACGACCGCAGUAGCCGCAGCCACGCCAUCUUCUCCAUCGACCUGACGGAGAUAAUUUCCUUUGAGGAGCCGGACGGGACCGUGGCGAGCGCGCCGAGCAAAAACCUCACCAUUCGUCUUGUGGACCUGGCCGGCAGCGAACGUGUCAGUGAAACCGGUGUGCAGGGGACGCAACUGAAGGAGGUGAAGGACAUCAACCUCUCUCUCUUCACGCUGGGGUGUGUCAUUGAAUGCCUCUCCGACGGAAAGCGGCGCGGCAUCAAACCACCGUACCGCGACAGUGUUCUGACGAAGCUGCUGCGGGAUGCCUUCGGCGGCAACAGCAAAACGACGAUGAUCUGCACCAUCGGCCCCUGCGAGGCGUACCGCUCGCAGACCAUCCAGACACUUCACUACGCAGCAAAAGCGCGACGAGUCAUGAACAAACCACGCGUGAAAGAAGACCCGUCCGCGCUGGAGCUGCGGCGCGCCAAUGAAGAGCUGCUAGCGCUGCGCCGCCAGCUCGAAGAGGCGCAGCGCGACGGUCACCACUACGCGUCCAUCGAGGCCGAGCUGCAGGAGGCAAACGCCCGCCUCCGCCAGGAGCAGAGAGACGCGAGGCUUCGCCGGCAGGUAAUGGAGAAGCGCGAGGCCGAACUGGCGACGCGGCUGCGUGAGCUGGAGGAUCAGCGCGAGUCCUACGAGGCCCAGAUGCUGGCGCUCGAGGCGGAAGCAGACCGCGCACGCACGCAGCAGAAGAGGCGGGAAUCGGAGCUGCGUCGUGCCCAUGAACUGGCGGACGAGUACGCGCAGCAGCGAUUGAAAGAGAUGGAGGAGCAACGCAUCACCUCGGAGGCGGCGCUGCGCUCCAAGGAGGACGAGCUGCUGCGAAGCCAACGCGCCAUCGAGGACAAGAUGCAAGCCGCCGAGGCCGCGGCGAAGUGCCGCAUUGACGAGCUGCAGCGGCAGCAAACGGCUCUCGAGGGCCAGUUGAAGGAGAAGGAGCGGCUCGUUUCGCUGCAGGAGCGGGAGUUCCGCAAGAAGCACAAGCUCGCCGAGGAGGAGGCGAGAGCGCUGGAGAAGCGUGCCUUCGACAUGGAGGAGGAGUGGGUGGAGAAGGUGCGCGCAUUGGAGGCCGCCGCCAAGCAACGCGAGGAGGAGGUGGCGCAGCGCAUGCGGGAGGUGCAGGGGGCGCUGUGCAAGGCCGAAGCCGCAGCUCGUCGCACCGAAGAAGAAAUGCAGCAAAAGUGGCGCGAGGCGGACAACGAGGCACGACGCCUGCAGUCCGAGGCCGCCGCAAAAGAGACGGAGCUGAACAGGCGCAUGCUUGACGCGACGCGCAGUGCCCAGCAGCGCGAGAUGGAGCUCAACGAGCGUCUGCGCAUCGCCGAGUGCGAACUGAACCGCCGUGCGCGGGAGUCGGAGCAGCAGCUGGUCGAAGUGGAGUCGCUCAAGAAAGCCGCUGCGCGCCAGACAGAUUCGGUGAAAGAGAAGGAGCGCACCAUCGAUGAGCAGCACAGCCUCCGAGUCGAGGCCCUGCAGGCACUAGAGAAUCAACUGAAGCAACGUGAGGCGGAGUUGAAGAAGCAUUUCGAGGAGAUAGUGCAGGUGCAGCGGGAGUGGAAUCAGCAGCGCGUCGAGCAGCAGCUGAAGAUGCAGAUGGAGAACGAGGCUGCCCUGCACGAGGUGAAGCAGCGCAGCGCUGCAACCGAACAGAAGGAGAUGGACGUCCGCGCUCGAAACGACGCCCUGGCAAGUAAGCUGCGUGCGCAGGAGAUGCAGCUGGAGAAGCAGCAAAUGGACUUCUUAGCACAGAAGAGCGACUUUGAGACGGCCAUGCAGCGCGACCGUCACGCGAUGCUGCGCACCAGGGAGGAGCUGCAGCUCGCCCAAGACCGCAACGAAACGCAGAACCAACUAACGGACGACCGACUGCGGGAGCUGGAGGCGAACCUGCGGGAGCGCCGCGCAGAGCUGGAGGCGACCUAUCAGACACGCGAGGCUGCGCUGCGUGAGAAGGAGGCAUCCCUAGCGGCCGUGCAAGACCGCGCGGCGGCUAAGGACGUGGAGCUGUACCAGCUGCAGGAGCGCUUGAAGACGCAGCAGACCGACCUUCAGCGCCGCGCUCACGAGACGAGAGUGGAGCGGAGCCGCAUGCAGACGGACCUCAUCACGAGCCUGCAAGUGUUCGAGAUGAACCUCAGCGGCAGUGGCGCCCGGCACGGACUGGAGGAUAUGAGCACGAUCCGCAUGUCGGCGGAGUUUAAGGCCGGCGAAGGGCAGGACGGCAUCACAUCUGAAGCGCUCAACUUGCGUGAGCAGCGCUACUUCGCUGCCUUCGAGAGCAUGUACCGCGGCGUUCUCAUCCGCGAGGCAGAGAUGGAGUUCCGCGGGCUUGUCCGCCACAACCAACUGGAGGUGCGCGACAUUCAGCGCCGUGCGCAGCUCACGCAGGAGAGCGAGCGGGUGAGUGCACUGCAAAUGCAGUUCGACGCAGCCGUGGGGGAGCGGAAGACGGCGGAGUCGAAGGCGGCGAACUUGUCAGAGCAGAUCACCACGCUGAUGCAGGAGCUCGAAGCCCAGCGAGGUGCGUCGAUGGAAGUCAAGGUGCAGAUGAACGCCGCUGUCUCUGCGGCACAGUUUGCGGAAGCGCAGCUGCGGCAGCUACGGCUAGACGCCUACGAGGCGGAGGGGCGGCAGCGCGACCGCGAGCAAGCAUGCCAGAUGUCGGUGGCGGAGGCGGAGCGCAAGGCAGAGGAGUCUCAGCACGCUCGCGGCGCCGCAACGGCGGCGGCUCUGCGCCUCAUCAUCGCUUUUGAGGAGGAGCAGCGCCGUCUCCUGGAGCACCACCACAUCAACGAGCUCCAAUCGAUUCAUCUGCUGCAGAUAUCGGACCGACGCGUGCUGGACCGCGAGGGCACCGUGCGCAAGUGGCAGUCGCUCUACCGCCGCCGCGGCGAGGAGACCAACACCGCCGCUGCCAUUGCGAAGGACGGUGACGUCGCGCGACCACAACGGACGGCCGAGGAGGCGCAGCGGCUGCGCAGUCUGAUGCGGCGCGAGGAGACCCUCGAGAAGAAGACGGAUUGCCUUGCCGCGGAGUGGCAGCGGUUUGAGCAGCGCGUGGCUGACUUCGACAGCUACGAGCGGACCCACAAGUCGGAGGUGGCUCGGCAGGAGAGCGCGGUGCAGAAGUACCUGCUGGAACUCGAGGCGAUGGACCGGCGCAAGGCCCACGAGUUUGCGGAGCGGGAGCGGCACCUGGUGGAGAUGGCGGAGCGACUGCGAGCGCGGCAGGCGCAGGUGCGCACCAACGCACAAGGCAUGUUUGAGUCCCUCCUGCAGCGCUCCGUCGAGCAGCAGUCCGCCCUGGCCGACGCACACGAGGAGCUAAAGCGCGUCAGCCUGCAGCGUGAAAAGUACAUGGAGAAGGAGCGGGAGCUACUGCAGAUGGCGCAGCGCGGUGACACAGCCGCGAUGCAGCAGCUGAUGCAACUCCACGAGGAGUACGUGGCGGCGGAGACGAAACAGUUGAAGCAGCGCGCGCGCAAGCUGGAAAGGGAGGAGCUUCGCACGAAACAACGGCUGGAUGAGCAGGAGAAGGAGAUUCAUCGCUACUUGCUCGAAAUCGAAGCGGAGGACAUUCGCCGAAACGAGCUGUCGCAGCAGGGACAGGAGAUGAUGCGCGAGGCAGAGGCGCGGCUUUCCAAGGCGAAGUUCAAGGAGGCGGCCGUGCGUGAUUUGGCGCGGCAGUACCACCUCGAGGCCAUGGAAGCGGAGGAGAAGUCACGCGUCGAGGAGACGUCGCUGCGCCGCGCCGAACAGGAGACGAAGAAGAAGCUCAAGAUACGCAAGGCAGAGUUGGAGCGCAAGCAACAAGCGGCAAGCACGGCAGCGGAGACAAACGAGCGCACGCUGAUGGAGAUGGAGACGGACCUGAAGACGAUUGUCAAUAAAAACAAGGAUACGGAGCACCACAUCCAGUCGAAGGACGCUGAAAUCAAGCGACAGAAGAAGUACUACCUUGACCUCUCAAAGAUGCUGGAGGAGCGCGACGGGAUGCUGCGGCAGGAGCACAAGUUGCGCGUCUGCGGCACGAAGAACGCCGGGUCGCUGGCGACCGACCUCCUCGACGUCAACGAUGCGCUGCGAAAACAGGUGAUCACGUGGAAGAACAAGUUCGACGUGCUCCUGCACGACGGCAAAGUGGAGUGCGAGAAGUGCUCGUGGAGGAACAAGAAGGAGGCGUCGACGUGCCUGUGCUGCGGUCACACAGGCAUACUGGAACUGACCCCUAUAAAGUGA